GUAACUUCUUCUUUUGGAGCCAUUUUAUCAAUUUUAAUUUCUUUUUUAAAGUCUGUCUUCCCUCAAUAAGACUGAGUACUUUGGCGUGCAGGGUCAUGAUAACUUUGCAUCAAACCGUCUUCCUGUCUUGCACAUGUGCACUUCUUACACGUGUCUCACUAAGAAGAACUUGGCAAUGGAGGCUCAGAGGAAGAGCAAGCGUAAAAGGCAGCCUACAAGAGAUCUUGGACGCGUGGAGAAAGCCAUGGCAGAAUUGCCAUCAGAUUCGAGUCAGCUGGAAAGAUCUGAACAGCACAGUAGCCAAACUGCGGCAGAGGAAGCAGCUGUAGUGUGCUGCAGUGAUGGGUCUGACUUUGAGUCAGACACAGUACACCAGCCUACUAAAAGAGUAGCAGCUCAAGGUUCUUCAGUAGCUCCAACAGCUAUUUCAUCUUUGAAGCGCAGCAAACAAGAAAACGUUGUCUGGAAGCUAAAGCUGGAGAAUGCAAAAGAAAAAAUUAAGUCCUUGGAGAAUGAAAGGGACUUCUUAAGGAACCAACUGUCUGAGGCUUUGGCGCUUGCAAAUAAAGAGGACCAAGUGACGGCAGCGCCCCCCUUGCACGAAAAGAGUAUUGAAAAAUCCUCUUCCUCCUCCACCUCCUCCUCAUCCUCCUCCGACAGUUCCUCCUCUUCCUCAUCAUCUUCUUCAGAAAGAGGGAAGAAGAAGAAGAAGAAGAAGAAGAAGAGGAACAACAGCAACAACAAAAAAGACAGCAAGAAAAAAAAAGGGAAGAAAGGAAACAAAAAGAACACCAAGAUAGGAAAGAGAGGUACGUUGGCAACCAGGGGAUAAGGCGGGGCAUCUGUGGUGUACUACAGUUAUCACCUUUGAAAUGCCUAACCCAGUCUUUGUUCCAACUUCCAACAAAUAUUACUGACCACUGUAUAAAAAGGAAAAGCCUGCCUACAAAUGCUAUGGUAUGGAUCAAUCAGCUGGUU